AUGAGCUAUCCCACAACCUCCUUCCAGAACACUGCCCCCAACAGCAACAGCUCUAUAUGGUCUGGGCAAGUGUUCGUCAUGCCGCAACAAGGCGAUGCCAACGCCCAAGAAGACGAUAGCUGGCUGCAAUACGAGGUCUACGAGGGCGAAAGCAUCGUGUACCUCUGCGAGGCGCCCACUGGUACUUCCCCAUUUCACGCAUUCAUCCUCAUCUUCAUCUUCUCCCACUGA